AUGGCUCCCCGGUGCUUCAUAGUCCGCCACGGCGAAACCGAAUGGUCCCUCAACGGCCGCCACACCGGCACAACAGACCUUCCCCUCACAGCAAACGGCGAGAAGCGCAUCAUCGCAACAGGAAAAGCGCUAGUGGGCAACGACCGGCUAGUUGUGCCCAAGAACCUGGUCCAUGUAUACGUCUCGCCCCGCACGCGCGCACAGCGGACCCUCGAACUCCUAGAGAUCGGCUGCCGUGAACGACUACCCUGGAACUCGCACCGGAAGCCGGAAGAAACGGAGCCGAUUCGCACCGAGGCGAAGGUGCAGGUUACGGAUGCGAUCCAGGAGUGGGAUUAUGGUGAUUAUGAGGGGUUGACUAGUAAGCAGAUUCGGGCUAUUCGGGAAGAGAAUGGGGAGGGGCCUUGGAAUAUUUGGACGGAUGGAUGUCCUGGUGGAGAUGCUAAUCAUAUGCUCUCCAGAUCACCCGAAGACGUGAUGCGUCGGCUGGACGCAUUGAUCGCCGAGAUCAGAUACAAAUACCAGCAGCCGUGCUUUGAGAACCCCGAUUCUCCCAAGGGCGAUGUCCUUGUCGUUGCGCACGGGCAUAUUCUGCGUGCGUUUGCGAUGCGCUGGGUGGGCAAGUCGUUGACGGAGACUUCGUUUAUCUUGGAAGCUGGAAGUGUGGGGACUUUGAGCUAUGAGCACCAUAACAUCGAGGAGCCAGCAAUCAUGCUGGGCGGACAAUUCGUGGUCGAGUAA